CCAGAGAGGCAGGGAUUUUGUCUGUUUUUGUCUCCUUGUUUCUCCACCAGUGUGUCCCUGAGCACCUAGGAGUGGCUCAUCGUAGAUGCUCAAAUACUUGUCCUGAAUUUCUCUCUUUCGACAUGAAUGGAUUUGUAUUGUGGGGGCCUAGUUUGUGCCCCGCGGUGUCUCCAGGGACGGGAGAAGCAGGCACGGAGCAGAUCGGUGCUCAGCACAGAGGAGGACUGCUGCAUCGGGGCCAGGACCCUCCCUGGGCCCAGUGACCCCUGAGAGGUCCGUCAGCACUGAAUCACCGUCCCCCUCCCAGGCCUGCCGUGCCCCACCUGGCGCCAUGAGCGAGGCCCGCAGGGACAGCACAAGCAGCCUGCAGCGCAAGAAGCCGCCCUGGCUGAGGCUGGACAUCCCGGCUGUGGUGCCCCCGGCAACAGAGGAACCCGGCUUCUUCCAGGUAGGCGCUGCUGGGCAGGGGCUGGGCGUGUGCCCCGUCCAGCCUCCUCACUGUGACCCCACGGCGCAGCCCCUGAGACGGCAGGCUUUCCUGCGGAGUGUGAGUAUGCCUGCCGAGACGGCCCACGUCCCUGCGUCCCACCAUGAGCUCCGGCGGCCGCCGCUGCAGCGCCAGAUGUCCAUCACGCAGACCAUCCGCAGGGGCACCGCGGACUGGUUCGGAGUGAGCAAGGACAGUGACAGCACCCAGAAGUGGCAGCGGAAAAGCAUCCGCCACUGCAGCCAGCGCUAUGGAAAGCUGAAGCCCCAGGUCAUCCGGGAGCUGGACCUGCCCAGCCAGGACAAUGUGUCUCUGGCCAGCACUGAGACGCCCCCUCCGCUGUACGUGGGGCCGUGCCAGCUGGGCAUGCAGAAGAUCGUAGACCCCCUGGCCCGGGGCCGGGCCUUCCGCGUAGCGGAUGACACGGCUGAUGGCCUGAGUACCCCGCACACGCCUGUCACGCCUGGUGCCGCUUCCUUCUGCUCCUUCUCCAGCUCCCGCUCGGGCUGCAGCCGGUUCCCGCGGCGACGCAAGCGCGAAUCGGUGGCCAAGAUGAGCUUCCGGGCGGCCGCGGCCCUGAUGAAGGUGGGUGCGGGGGCCGGGGCAGGCUGGGAAUGCAGCGGCCAGCACGCCGCAUGCUCACCUCCUUGCUGGCAGGGCCGCUCUGUUAGGGAUGGCACGUUGCGCCGGGCGCAGCGCCGAAGCUUUACUCCUGCCAGCUUCCUGGAGGAGGACACAGCUGACUUCCCCGACGAGUUGGACACGUCCUUCUUUGCCCGGGAAGGAGUCCUCCAUGAGGAGCUGUCCACGUACCCAGACGAGGUGUUCGAGUCCCCUUCGGAGGCGGCGCUCAAGGACUGGGAGAAAGCCAUGGAGCAGGCCGACCUCACGGGUGGGGCCCUGGACCGCAGUGAACUUGAGCGCAGCCAUCUGAUGCUGCCCCUAGAACGAGGCUGGCGGAAGCAGAAGGAGGGUGGAGCAGCAGCCCCGCAACCUAAGGUGCGGCUACGGCAGGAGGUAGUGAGCACGGCGGGUCAGCGGCGGGGCCAGCGCAUUGCGAUGCCCGUGCGCAAGUUCUUUGCCAGGGAGAAGCGGCCGUACGGGCUGGGCAUGGUAGGCCGGCUCACCAACCGCACUUACCGCAAGCGUAUCGACAGCUAUGUCAAACGUCAGAUCGAGGACAUGGAUGACCACAGGCCCUUCUUCACCUACUGGCUCACCUUCGUGCACUCGCUCGUCACCAUUCUAGCCGUGUGCAUCUACGGCAUCGCGCCUGUGGGCUUCUCGCAGCAUGAGACCGUGGACUCGGUCCUGCGGAACCGCGGGGUCUAUGAGAACGUCAAGUAUGUGCAGCAGGAGAACUUCUGGAUCGGGCCCAGCUCGGAGGCUCUCAUUCACCUCGGUGCCAAGUUCUCGCCCUGCAUGCGCCAGGACCCGCAGGUGCACAGUUUUAUCCGCGCCGCGCGGGAGCGUGAGAAGCACUCGGCCUGCUGCGUGCGCAACGACCGGUCGGGGUGCGUGCAGACAUCGGAGGACGAGUGCUCGUCCACACUGGCAGUGUGGGUGAAGUGGCCCUUACACCCCAGUGCCCCAGACUUUGGCGGCCACAAGAGGCAGUUUGGCUCUGUCUGCCACCAGGACCCCAGGGUGUGUGAUGAGCCCUCCUCAGAGGACCCCCACGAGUGGCCAGAUGACAUCACCAAGUGGCCGAUCUGCACCAAAAACAGCGCUGGGAACCACACCAACCACCCGCACAUGGACUGUGCCCUCACGGGCCGGCCCUGCUGCAUCGGCACAAAGGGCAGGUGUGAGAUCACCUCCCGGGAGUACUGUGACUUCAUGAGGGGCUACUUCCAUGAGGAGGCCACACUGUGCUCGCAGGUGCACUGCAUGGAUGACGUGUGUGGGCUCCUACCCUUCCUCAACCCUGAGGUGCCUGACCAGUUCUACCGCCUGUGGCUGUCCCUCUUCUUGCACGCUGGGAUCCUGCACUGCCUGGUGUCCGUCUGCUUCCAGAUGACCGUCCUGCGGGACCUGGAGAAGCUGGCAGGCUGGCACCGCAUAGCCAUCAUCUACCUGUUGAGUGGUGUCACUGGUAACCUGGCCAGUGCCAUUUUCCUGCCAUACCGGGCAGAGGUGGGCCCAGCCGGCUCGCAGUUUGGCAUCCUGGCCUGCCUGUUCGUGGAGCUCUUCCAGAGCUGGCAGGUCCUGGCACGGCCCUGGCGUGCCUUCUUCAAGCUGUCGGCUGUGGUCCUCUUCCUGUUCACCUUUGGCCUGCUGCCCUGGAUCGACAACUUCGCUCACAUCUCGGGCUUCAUCAGCGGCCUCUUCCUGUCCUUUGCCUUCCUGCCCUACAUCAGCUUCGGCAAGUUUGACCUGUACCGCAAGCGCUGCCAGAUCAUCGUCUUUCAGGUGGUCUUCCUGGGCCUCCUGGCCGGCCUGGUGGUCCUCUUCUACUUCUACCCCGUCCGCUGUGAGUGGUGUGAGUUCCUCACCUGCAUCCCCUUCACUGACAAGUUCUGUGAGAAGUACGAGCUGGAUGCCCAGCUCCACUGAGCUGGCCGGGGCACCGGGGCCGUGAGCCCCAGCAGGCCAGAGCCGGGCACGCUGUCCACCCCGAGCCUCACAGGCCACAGGACUCGGCCUGCGAGCCCUGUGUGCCGGCCUGCCCGUUUCCUGAACACUGACCUCUUGUGCCUUGUUCACCGCUGGUGAACGUCUCGUACUUCAGGGCAUUUAUUACACUAGUUCCCAUGAUUACCUUCUAACUAGUUUCUGGACGACCACCUCAUGUGGCCAAUAAAUGGACCGGGAGCGUUUUAGCUGCCACU